UGUUGACUUUUGCUCCACAAAGAUGCAAAAACUUUGUUGGUUAUUCCUGUGAAAUUGAAUGUCUUAGAAAUUAAUUGUCUUUAUCAGACUCUGAAAUAUUAACGCUAAGAAGUACUAUAGCCUCUGUAGGUGUCUAAAGGUCACACAAAGUUUGAAGACGAUUUUUAUAGAACUAAGUCGAUGUCAUUACGAUAAAAAAAUCCACUUUUAGGUCAUUAAAACAUAAUUAAUGCUGUGAUGGCACGGACUAAAGGAGAUGAAAUUCAUUGACAUCACAGCAUUCACCACAAAUUCUCAAAGAAGAAGAAGUAGAAGGAGGAAAAGUGAGGAAUCAUUUGGAAUAUGGUAAAAGAAGGGAAUAGAAGAGAAAAGAUGUGGUUGCCAGAAUCUUGUUGAACAAAUGUAAAAGCUGCGCAAACCAGGAUUUUCAUACAUGAAGUUUUUUGACACAAUUACAACAUCAGUUUAUCAGUCUGUUUGUGAGAAGGAAGCAGAAUGGGAGGAAGUGUUCUUCAUAUGCUGGUUGAGGUGUCGGAGCAUUUCCAGGAGAUUUUGAGGCUGGCUGCAGCAGAUGGUGUAUUGGAUUCGUGGGGGAUUGAGAUGGUUCUUCAAAAUGUUUCUUUGUCUCUUCAUGAAGAUGACAAUUUUCAGGGACACAUGUUAUUUGGUCUUCACUCUCUCCUGCUCUUGUUAGCAAGGAAAUUAGAAGAACUAGGGCAUGAAAUAUAUUCAGAUGGCUGUAGCUGCGGUUGGGACACAUCACAGUUACCUGAAUCACAGCACAGUGAUAUCCAUAGAUAUACAUCAGGCACUGUUGUCAGAUGGGUUCAGGGAGAAUGCUAUGUGCUCUUGGCAUCAACUGAGGCUGAUGCAGAAAUGUACCAUGACACAGAGCAAGAAGGACAGGCAGAUGAAGACCAAGAGGGCAAACAUGAAGGAGGCAGGGACAGCAUAGAAGACUCCUAUGCACAAGAAUAUGCGAGCAGUGAGAAGGAUAGUGUCCAUGACAACAGUCAUCUUGACCAAGAAAGAUGUGAUGACAGCCACUUCAAAGACCAGGAAGAGUCUAUUUCUCCCAGUGCUUCUAGCUGCAAAAGCUCAAAAGAAAGGGAGGAUUUGGCAAGUGGAGAGGAAAAUGAAGAGAGUGAAGACUGCAUGUGCUCUUCCUCAGCAGUACAUGACACAAACACCCCUGUAAAUAUGACAGAUUACAGAGUUGAGAGAAGUAGUAUCAGUGAUGAUGAGACUAAUAAACAAAAACAGGGAGACCCACAAAAUAUACCUGGUAACUGGUCAGGCUGCCAGGUUCAUUCGUGCAGUGUAAAGGAGAGUAAAUACAAGAAGGAUAUGGUUCAUAAAAUGAGCAUUGAGACAUUUAAAAAAUCAGCUGAACAUGAAGCCAUAGAAGAUGAAUAUGAAGACCAAGGAAAGAAUCAUCCUGACAGAGAUGAAUCAGCUGACCUUUCCUAUGAAGGAGAAGACUUGCAAAAAACUAGUGUCAUUAAACAGGAAGUAGAAAAUCUUGAAGAGAGUAUUUCUCCAAAUUCUGAUGCUACAAAUGAAUUUUCAGAAGGAGCUGGCCAUGAGAUCAAUGAUGAAGAACAAGGUGAUAUCAGAGCAGAAGUUGACUUGCCCUCACUUGAAAACCAAAAAUUCCCAUUGCAGAAAACUAACAGUGAUAAUGAGGAGAUUAGAAGUUACUUGGGAAAUGAAAGUUUAGAAGGUUAUAGGGACAAUAGAAUAUACAAAGGAGCAAUAAGGAAAACUUCAGUUAGUCAGCAGGAAGAAAAUAUUACUGAAGAAAAUGAGAAGGGAGAAAGCACUGAAGACAUGGAAUUUGAGAACAGAGAUUAUGUUGUAUUCGGUGAUAGCAAAAGUGAUAAUGAAGCAACAAGUGAUAAUGAGAUAAAUGAUGAAAUGGCAAGUGAAACAGCCAUGAGUGAAGAUGAAAUGAGAGAGCCUGAGCCUGACCACCUGGAUCACCUUCAAGAACAGCCUGAAGUUAUUGGUCCACCGGAGUCUAAUAGAGAGCCUAGCUUAAGAGAAGGCCUGUGUGAAGACAGCAUUGAUGGGGAUAACAGCUGUACUCUCAUCAUCCAUGAGGAGGAGACGGUUGAGGGCCUCUCCAACUCACACUUCCAAAAGGAUGGAGAUUCACAAGAGAACAUGAAUUGCAUUUUAGAGGAUAGAACUAAUAGGAUAAUGAAUGAUCAUGAAGAUGCACAGAGUUCAGAUGCAGUUGAUAUUCCCUUUGGAUAUUGUUCAGUGCUCAAGGAUAAAAAAAUGGAAAUCUUUGGCCUGCAAGACCAGACCAGUUUGUGCAAUAGCAGCGCCUUACAGUUACAGAAAAAGGAAAGUAAGGGGAACUAUGUAGCUGAACAGCAAAAUGAGUUUGAGGAUGAUGAUGAAAGCGAUGAUGACUCCAGUUCUGUCACUUCCAGUAGCUCCUCAUCAUCUUCCUCCUCUUCUAGCUCUUCAUCAAGUAGUGAUGAUGAUGACAGGAUAAGUUUCAAGCAGAGAGUGGAAAGAGCUGCCCAGGCUGCUAGAGACCAAGCUGCACGGGAAGCAGAAGCAUCAGCAGCUGCUCUAAUGUCUGCGCUGACAAAUGAUCAUGUCCCAGACCAGAGCACAGAGAUGCAAAUCAAGGAGCAGUUGACCGAACCACCAAUACAACCUCAAGAGUUACCAGGUCAAACCAAGCCAGAUAAUGCACCAAUAAUAGAGCACAUGGAUUCAGACUCGGCAAGAUCUUCUCCUUCAGAAGACCUGGUCCACCACAGCGAAGACACAGUAGCUGCCACGGCUACAAGCUCAGUUUCCCAUGUGUAUGUAGAUCCACCUGCAGGCUCCCUCCCUCUGACACAUCACCUCUCUUGUCAUGAACCCCCUGACAUGUCACACAGUGGACGCGAUCCAGCUGACCUCCAGGCAGCACAAGGUCUGGCAGACUUGCAGAGGGGCCAGAGCCUGAGCCUGAGCAACAACCCUUCAGGCUCUGCAUCCAGCUCCAUGACUUUUAUGGUCAAUGAACUACAAGAGAUCCCUCUUGAAAUCAGACGAUCUGUUAGUGGCAAGGGUCUUGAAUGUGUUGUAUGCGGGAAGGUGUUUAACCGCAAGUUGAAGUUAAAGCAGCAUCACCGGACACACACUGGGGAGAGGCCCUGGGGAUGCACCACUUGCGGAAAGUCUUUCAGCACUUCAGCUUAUCUGCAGAAGCAUCGCCUGACUUGUCACACUCCAGCACACCAAAGACAGUUUUCUUGUUAUGUGUGCCAUAAGGGCUUUGGACUAAGAAGUGCACUACAGACACACCUUGCAACACAUGCAACAAACAAGCCAUUCACGUGUGAUAUUUGUGGGCAGACAUUUGCUCUCAAGCACACAAGAGAUACUCACAAGGCACAACACACAGGGAAUCGUCCAUGGGUGUGCAGUGUUUGUGGUCGCUCAUAUGUCACAAAGUAUAAAUUAAGAGCACACAUGAAGUCACACACAGGGGAAUUAGUAUGCUCUGUUUGCGGACGACAGUUCACCUCACAGGACUCCCUAGGACGUCACCAGAGACUUCAUGAGGGUUCUGGAAAGAACUCUGUGCUUCCUACUUGCCAUAUUUGCAACAAGAAGUGUGCUACACCAAGUCUUCUUAAAAGACAUGUUGCAAGUCAUGAUAGGCAUAACUUCAAAUGUUCCAUAUGUGGACAAGACUUUGCCAACCAUCAGCAGCUGACUGCUCACCAGAAUAAACACCAUCAGUCAGCUGUUCCUGCUCUCCACAGAUGUCACUUGUGCAACAAGUCCUUUGUUAAAGAAGCAGACCUAAAUCGCCACAUAACGACUCACAGCAGUCCCGCCUUCCACCAGCAAAAUACUACUCAGUCUCUUCCAGCAACACAGAUAAAAAAUUGUGAGAGUGAGGCAACCAACAGUCGCAUCAGUCAGGGCAUGGGAGCUCUAAGACAGUCUAAUGCAGCAUGCUUUAUGGCAGGAAAGAAAUCUGACCUCUUCCCCCAAACUCAGACCCCCACACAAAUGAAUAAUAGCCUUCCUCAGGCUCCUUGUGGGAACAACAGCUACCUCGGAGGGUUGUCACAGACUCCUCAGCAGCAGCACUCCCACCACCUUCAGAGUGCACAGCUACAUCCAGUAACAGUCAACCAAACUUCACAGCAGCAGCAGUUGAUGGCCAACACUAGUACCAACACCCAAGCAUCUACUCUUCAAGCUCCAGUCUUCUUGGCUAGUGUUUCAUAUGAUCCAGAAAUUCUGGGUGCUAGUUUGCAAGAGACAGCUUAUCAGCAGCCACAAGGCCAGGAGUAAAUGUUUGAAAGAAGACAUUUAUAAUCAACUUCCUGAAGACUGUGAUUCUUACUAUCAAGUUGGAAUUUAUCUGUAUAUUAAAAAAAAUCAUGGGAAUGCUGCUUUUUCACCUCAUAAAUUAUGUACACAAAUUCAGAAAUCUUUAUAUGUAAAUAAAAUAUUUAAAACAA